GAGUGCAGCCAUUUCUUUCAUCGCACCGCCUCCUGCUUUCAGCAUUGUUUUGGGAGGAUUCUCUCUUCGUCCCUCACACAAACUUUGGGAACAAACGAAGUUAUAUUUUCCUCCUUUUUUCUCGGCUGGCUUUGUCGCCAGCUGAAUCUUCGUCGGGAUGGACCCAGCAAGCCGAUACCAAGUGCUGCACAAUGAGGACGACUCCUCAGAGGCCUCCACCAGUGUUGAGCAGCCGUGCACCUCUGCCACAGCCCAGGCCAGCACGUCCCAAGAUCAGAGCCAGAGCCAGGCCAGCGCUGCACCCGUUGCCUCCACGUCAGGAGAGGCUUCAGGAUCAAGGACUCAGGGGGAGGCGGAGGCGCCUCCUCCUCCGUACGCCUCCAUCGACCUGGGAGCGACCGCUGCUGCACCAGAGACCAGUUACCGAGGAGACUUCCCGGUGCCUCCGCCCUACAGCGUCGCCACCUCACUGCCCACGUACGAUGAAGCAGAAAAGGCCAAAGCGGCCGCCAUGGCAACAUCUACUGUGGAGGUGAUGCCACGGGAUGACGAAUUCCCUCCCAGAGAUGAUUUCAGUGAUGCAGAUCAGCUGCGAGUUGGGAACGAUGGAAUCUUCAUGUUGGCCUUUUUCAUGGCCUUCCUGUUCAACUGGAUCGGGUUCUGUUUGUCCUUCUGUCUGACCAAUACCAUCGCAGGACGGUACGGAGCCAUCUGUGGCUUUGGACUGUCCCUAAUCAAGUGGAUCCUCAUCGUCAGGUUCUCUGACUACUUCACCGGCUACUUUAAUGGUCAAUACUGGCUCUGGUGGAUCUUCCUGUUGCUUGGUCUCCUGCUCUUCUUCAGGGGUUUCGUCAACUAUCUAAAAGUCCGCAACAUGUCAGAAAACAUGGCCACCUCUCAUAGAACACGCCUCUUCUUCCUGUAUUAAAACAUAUAAAAGGUUUCCACACCAUCACCAUUCCUUUCCAAUGUGAAGUUCCUUCCCUCCCCCACCCCACCCCCCUCCCCUCGAAUGACCUGAGAGAGACCUUUGCAGUGAAGAGAGGAGACGUGGGGGGAAGGAACGAAGGAAAGAAGUAAGGGGAGAAAGCGUCACAAGUCUCAUUGCAUAACAUAACUCGAGUCUCUACUACCGAAACCUCUGCCCCCCUCCCAGAAAACAAGCCUCUGAUGAUCAGACUGACUUUUGUUUUUUCAUUUUCCUUUGAUUCAAAAAGAUCUUCACACAAUCUGCUCUCUGGUAGAAGAUGAUCUCUGUUGAGAUACAUGACUUCAGUCGCAUUUACACAUUAAAUGAAAGCACAAUGAAAUCAUUUCCUCCAGGAACAAUACCAAUAAUAAUUUUAAAAAUCAGCAAUUUAUAAGUAAACUACUCAUUUUCUAUGACGUUGCUCGCCCUGUGUAAUGUAAAAAAAAUGAUGACAGCAGUUUUAUUAGUGAAUGAGAACACCUCCGUCUGCAUUUGGUAUAUAAAAAUAGAAAGCGUGUAGGAAGUGGAAAUCUAUUCUGAGCGUUUGAUAUUUAAACCUCCUCUCUGACUUUCGCGCAACAAAAAAUCAUGGGAGGAUAGAUCUCCAGCUUCAUUCAAGGUGUUUUGAACAAGUCUUACUUCAACCACGAUGUAACUUUUUUUUUUUAACCUUCAUUAACACGUGGCUCAGCCUAAUAAAUGAACACCGCUGUUGUUGUGACAGUUUAACAGUGUGUGCCUCACUCUUAAAAAAAACCCUGAAAAUGAGAAGCAGAAACAGGAGUUUACAUAUCAUAUCUACUCAAAUUUUGCCACUGAACAAAUACAUCAAGAAGUUAAUCAUUUUAGAUGCAGUAAAAUGGUCAGCCAAUGAGAGAGGGUGAUUAAAAAAAAUACAGGAUACAUGCAGAAACUGCUUCCCAGAAAUAGCUUUUUUCCUUCAUUCCUUGCCUUUUAAAGUUAAAUUUCAUCCUGACCUAAUAUGCAGUCGCAAUUUUUAUCCAUGUAUCCAUUUACCAGCACUACUCUCUCAGUUUGAAUCAAAGAAAAAUGAAAAGAAUGUCUCCCAACUCGGCUCCAUUAAAAAAAAAACAAAAGUGAAAUAAUUUGUUCCGACCAUAUUUGACAGCACGUGCACAUUUCUGGAGGUCACCUCAUCAAGCUGUAAAACAUGAUAUAUGAUUUUCUUCUUUCUCCACACUCAUUGCCAAAUAUAUCUGGCAAAAAGAAAACCAGUAUAUGUAAGGGUACUGCAGCUAAUCAGCGGAGCCUCCUUAGGACGAAAACAGUGUUUUUCGGACACACAUACACACACACACACACUCACAGUGGCUGCUCCGGUAGGGUCAGCGGGAAUUAUGUGGCCCAAAGGCAGGAACUGUUGUCAGCCUCAUCUCCUGCUUCGGUGCUGUGGAAGUGGAGCAAAGCAUUUUUUUAACAUACUGUGCAGUAACUGUUACGUGCCAGGCGUGAGUUCAACUCUUUAGUCUUAUGCAAUUUUAGUUAACUUGUAAUUACAAUAAAUGUGGCUGUAAAGUCCUGUAAUAAUGACAUAGAUGUAGUCGGAUAGGUUUGUUUCUUUUUUAGAGAUUGAGAUAUCAGGUUCGGUCCAGAGGGAAGAGGUUGUACAUUUAUUUUUGGAUGAAGCUGAGGAUUCACAAAUGCAAGUACGGUACACACUUGCCAAUAAAAAGUCUUUAAAUUACCAGUGAAUACAAAAAAAAAAAGGUAACUGCAGUCUAUUUUAGCAAUACAAUACAAUUAUAAUGUGACUGGUUGUGCAUGUUCUGCAUGAUUCUAGAGAAAGCCAACACGCGGAUCUUUCUUUCUGGGAUUUUACGGUUAGAUUAGAAUUGAAUCAACUUCCUUGUUUCUUUUGGUGGAAGCUUUCGUUUGCCGGAGGUGUAAUGUACGUAGCGCUGCCACAGAGAGGAUGAACACGUUUUGUGGCGUAACAAACUCAAGAACAAUAUCAGCAGAUGUUGUUGAAGUAGGUUAAAUGAAUAUUACACGGCUACAGAAUCGGAGCCCGACUGGACAAAGAAAAACGUGCGCUUUUUUUUGUUUUAUUCGAUCAUUUUUCUCAUCCAGAAAAUGAAAAAAAAUGUAUAUACCAGCUUAUGCCAAUUCAUAAUAUUUGCACUUUGAACUUUCUGUACAGUAUGAUUUGUGAAUCUGCUUAACUUGAUGUGGUGGGUAGAGAGAAAAAAAAGA